AUGUGCUCGAUUUUAACCAAUGGGACGCGAGUAUUCUGUUUCCGUCGACCUGCGUAUCCAAGCCGAACCUCGACGAUCAUGGUCAUGCUGCCGCUGGAGAACCUCGGUGGCAUGCUCGUCCGAUUCUUAACCAAGCCCAUCGCGAAUGAGCUCAAGACGCUCGGCAAGUCGCACCCGCGCCUCAAGGCUGCGUGCACAUCUCUGGGCCAGCGCAUCCACCGGUGGAACGUCGUCUCGCAUGUGCAGGUCGCGAGUAUGACCAGGGUCUCGAUACGGGUCAAGGACCUCCCGGACGACCAGGCGCUGCAGCGGGGCACCGAGUUCAUUGGCGAGGUCUUCAUCUUUGCUGUCGCAGUGGCCGUCAUCACGUACGACUUUACGCGAAGCACGGCCAAGGCCACGGCCAAGGACGCGGCGAUGCUCGAGAAGGAGUUUGACGAUUUUCUCGCCAUGGAAGCGCGCUUCCGCCGUCUCGAGACCGCGCUGCAUCGCCAGAAGCACGACGUCCAGCAUCUCCAAGGGGUCAUGGCCGAGCAUGGGAAGACGAAUUCUUUAUAA